AUGGACGUGGACGUGGACAUGGACGUGGACAUGGACGUGGACAUGGACGUGGACCUGGACAUGGACGUGGACAUGGACGUGGACAUGGACGUGGACGUGGACAUGGACGUGGACAUGGACGUGGACAUGGACGUGGUCGUGGACGUGGACAUGGACAUGGACGUGGACAUGGACGUGGACAUAAACGUGGACGUGGACGUCGACGUGGACGUGGAUGUAGACGUGUGGACGUGGACAUGGACGUGGACGUGGACGUGGGACGUGGACAUGGACGUGGACGUGGACAUGGACAGUGGACAUGGACCGUGGACAUGGACGUGGACCCUGGACAUGGACGUGGACAUGGACGUGGACAUGGACGUGGACGUGGACGUGGACAUGGACCGUGGACAUGGACGUGGACAUGGACGUGGUCACGUGUGGACGUGGACAUGGACGUGGACGUAG